CAGUUGCAUUACCUUGGCGACUAUACCUCUGGCUGGAGUGUGUUGCCAGAGGUCUUGAGGAGCAUUUACUGCAUGUCAGCUGUUCUCCCCAGAGAAACUAGUGGUUUGAGUCUGCCAUCAGUUUCCGGUGUGUGUUUUCAGCAUCGGUAAUAUUGCAAACAGGAAGAAAUAAAAGGGAGAGACAAGUGAACCAAGAGAGGAAACUGUCGCGGCCACUGUUUUAGCCUCAGCAUGACUGAGUUCUGGGUCUGUUUCAGCUGCUGCAUUGCCGAGCAGCCUCAGCCUAAAAGGCGACGACGAAUAGAUCGCUCUAUGAUCGGGGAGCCUACAAACUUUGUUCACACCACACAUGUAGGCUCAGGAGACAUGGGCCUGGGCCUGGCAUCUGUGGACCUUGUUCAGGCCCAGAUGAAAUCUAAAGGUGGUUAUGCUCAUACAGGUUCUGAAGGCUCUCAGUUAUAACAAGACCAUCAAAGAAACUUGUGGAAACUACUGUUAAAUUGAGGAAAACUUUUCAAAAGCAGUUCUGUCUUGAAUGGACACAGGACCAAAAAAAUGAAACCACUGCUUUUCCAUAAUGUUGUAUAUAAUUUUUCAUAUUUUUUUGUCUUUCAUUUUCUUUUUUCUUUUUUUUUUUUAAUGAAAGCACUGCUAUUCAUUGCCUGCCAUACUGUUGCACUGUAAAGAUUAGUAAAGAGGGUUUAGAAGAGCUCAUAGUCUCAGUCAGAUGUAUGCUUGCGUGUAUGCAUGAGGAAUAUAUUUUCAAAAAUCCUUGCUGUUUAAGCCCAUUUGGAUGCCUGUAUUUAUUCUUUUGAUUUGUAAACAGACCUCAUGGUGGCUGGGCCACUCCAGAUAUUUGGAACAUUCUUCGUUUCAUUCUGUAUUCUCAGAGGCUUUUUCAAAAGACAGGGAGAGAUAGCAAGGCAAAAGACGAUAUGUUCACUGUUUUAUGCUGAAAAGUACUCAUAAUUCAUUGAGUUUCUUUCAGGGGUAAAAAAAAAAUGCUGUUUUGUAAUAAACUUGAAAUGAGUAGAGCACACUGGACCAUCUAUUGUACACUCACAAUUGCUUAUACAUUUUGCUUUGUUUUCUUUUUUUUUAUAUAUACUCAUUUAGAAAUAACCAUACUAGAAUUUUAAAUAAACUGCAAACUUCUUAAUCUGCCUUUGUGAAGUUAUUUUACUUUUCUUUUCUUUUUUUUUAAAUAUGUCUAUCGAUAUUCUGACCAACAGGCCAUUAUGGCUAUCCAGGAGGGGCAGAGUUUUGCUAUGUGUUGUUAGCGUACCUUCUCUCUAUGUUGCUCAAUAUUUUGUUGAUGUUGAUUUUGGUCACCAGUUUAGCGGUCCACCUACUUCCUACAUUGCCUCAAUUGCUCCCCACGUUAGAAAUGUAAAUCAACCCAGUCUGCCCUUUUAUGUUCUCUGUGUGUGUGUUCCCCAUCUUUAACCAUAGUGUUCUCUUGUCAAGGCAGGAUUUUUUUUUCUCUCGCACAAUUCAUACCCUUUCUAGAAAUAAGGUCAACUUUCAGCAUUGACCAGGGAUUGCAAAAGUGUAUUUUAUGGGUAGAGAAAGUGUCUUUUAAGAGAACUGUUAUUUAAAAGAUGCUUUACUUUCGCUCUUACCCAAUCUUUGUGGUUUGCCGGGGCUUUUAUUUUGAAAUGUCCAGGCUUCAAAUCUUGUUUGUUGAAAUGGAUACCUGACAGAUUGCAGUCAAACUAAGAUGCAUACCAGUGUUAAUUGGAGUGUUAUGCGUUUUGUUCGUGUUCUUAUUUCCUAAUUGGCUUAAUUUCAUCUUAAUAGCAAUGACCGUUAAAUUGGUUCACAACGGAGGAACAUCCCAUGAUUCUCUGACACAAUAUAUUUGGUUUUUACUGUUUGGCAUGUAAAUAUUGAAAUAACAGAAAAGAAAGCCUGUCUUAACCCAACUCCAAUAUAGAAAAAAGUUUCUGUGCUAUCUCUUCAAAAACCUUAAAACUGUAUGUCAUUUCAUUCUGCAUAACCAGUGUGGCCUAUUGUCUUUGUCUUGCCCCCCCUGUAAAUGUAUUAAAAAUGUCAUCUCUUAAUUUUUUGAGUUCUCUUUUCUAGUUUGUCUGCAUGUGUGUUGCCCUUGGCACAUAGCACACACACACACACACACACACACACACAUGGU